CCUGUGGAUUGUGAAAUGGUUUGAGUGGCAGCUAGCCUGCAGCACCCUAGAGCACUCCACCCCACCCAUGCAGGCUGGGCCCGCCCCUACCCCACGCCCCCAGGCUGCAGAUUAAUCCCCCCAUCUCAGCUGCCAGCAGCUCACACCUGCACCCCGCCCAGGCACAGCACCAUGCCUGCCUGCCGCUGGUGCCCGUUGGCUGCCGCCCUCCUCUUGGGCCUGCUGCUGCUGGGCCUCCCCCAAGUCACAGGCCAAGGAGCAGAGAAGCCUGGCGUGUGCCCUGAGCUCCAGGCAGCGCAGAACUGCACGCAGGAAUGCGGUUCGGAUGGAGAGUGCAAGGACAACCUCAAGUGCUGCCAAGCUGGCUGCGCCACCGUGUGUCACAUGCCCAAUGAAAAGAAGGGCUCCUGCCCCCAGGUUGAUGGGGGCAUCCCCAUACUUGGCGUCUGCGUAGACCAGUGCCAGGUGGACAGUCAGUGUCCUGCGGAAAUGAAAUGCUGCCGCAAUGGAUGUGGGAAGGUGACCUGCACCCUUCCUGUCUCCUGAGCUCCAGCCGUGACAGGCCACAGCAUGGGGUCAUCCAGGUUCCUUCCUGAUCCCAUCUGGCUCCAGCUCAGUGCCCUCCCCUCAGCCUGGCCCUCCUGACUACGGCUUCUUCCUUUUUAAAACAAUAAACUGACCCCUUCCAGCACUGGUGGGGCUGUGGCCUCCA